AUGGAAUACAAUCGCGAACCGUGCCCCUGGAGGAUAAUGGACGAUUGCGGUGGUGCCUUCACCAUGGGCGCCAUUUGCGGCACACUUUUCCAAAGUAUCAUAGGAUUUCGGAACGCGCCAUCCGGCUUCCAACGAAGAUUCUACGGCGGUAUAAUGACGGUGAAAAACCGGGUGCCGCAAAUAUCCGGCAAUUUCGCAAUUUGGGGCUGCUUGUUCUCGGCGAUCGAGUGCACCCUGAUACAUUUCCGCUCGAAAGAGGACCCAUGGAACUCGAUACUGAGUGGCGCUCUCACCGGUGGCGUGCUGGCAGCCAGAACUGGAAUCCCGUCUAUGAUAGGCAGCGCCACCGUCGGCGGAAUCUUCUUGGCGCUCGUCGAAGGAUUCGGGAUAAUGGCGACCAGGCUGCACGCGGACGCGUUCGCUCACCAUAUGCAGAUGUACGAGAUGGAGAACCUUCCGGAAUUUCACGGACUUCCGCCCAGGGCGAGAUUAGGUUUCACCGGCGCCCCCGUAAGUACGGAGAGUGUGACUGUGACGAGGCAGGUUAAUGGGAACGGUAUGGAGGUUGAUAGGAUUAGCAAGGGUAGAUGACUCGAUUUUUUUUAACUCUCUUCUCUCUCUCUCUCUCUUUCUCUCUCUCUCUUUCUAUCUCCUUUCUCGAGCGGUAUAUCUCUUCACCGUUAUCUAUGGUACCGCGAGGAUACACGUAAUAACAAUGUCGGCAUUUAUAGUCGCAUUUUGAUACGUACGAAAAUUGUAUUUGUCUACUUUUUCAAAUGUAAUGAAUAAUCUUUGUAAAUUUUUAUCACACGUCGGUGUGAAUCGUGCGAGUAAGAGGAAGAGUAAUCGACACGAAGUUUUGAUACGAAGAAAUUGUAUUUUUGUGAAAAUUGUAUCUUUGUAACGUAAAUUUUUUAUCGUCGGUGAUGGGAAACGAAGAGGGGAAGGGAAUUGAUUCGAUUUAAGUUUUGAUACGAAGAAAUUUUAUUACAAUACUUAUCGAUAUAUAUAUAUAUAUAAAAUGAGGGAGUUGAGUUUUCGUAGGGGUAAUUUAAUUUUAGAA